AUGUCUAAUGUGAUUCCAAUAGUUUCUUCUUCCCCUCCCCCUUUGGAUGAUGAUGAUGGAGACUUCAAAUGGGAUGAUGAUGAUGACGACGACGAGUAUGGGAACUUCACCUGCGCUCCUACUGUGUCAGGCACAACAAUUAAUAGUGAGUCUAGCGUCGAUGUCAACUGGUCAAAUUCUAAAACAGCAGCACCACCACAUCAAGGGUCAAGUCUUGGACAGGACAUCAAGGCACAAGUUUUCAAGGAGGAUUUCAAUAUUUCACAGCCUGACAGAAGCACAUCUGAACAUAUGCCUAUAGAUAAUCAAAGUUCUGUUAAAGGAAUGGAAAAUCAUUUUCCUGAUCCUUAUAAUGAUGAUGUUGAUUUUCAAGAUUUUGCUCGUUUUGACAACAUAGAUUUUUCAGAAGAACCAGCAAAGACAUUAGAUGAAACAGAAGAUAAAAAGCUGGAUGUUCCACAAGACUUCAGAUCUCCCACAGCUCACACAGAAUCUCCACCAGCAGUCAGUGGUCAGGUCGGCAGCACUGCAGGUUUGACACAAGAAGAUGAAUUUCAAGACUUUGCUCAGUUUAACAACGAUGAGGUCACUGCUGAGAGCACCAACACUUUGGCCACCAACCAGCCAGUUUUGACAGACAACUCCCCAGAUGCCAGUAAACUAGACAGCCUCAGCACAUCUUCGCCAUGCAGUACCAGCGAUGACAUCCAUAGUUUGGGUCUAGAUCUUGGCUCAGAUUUGGGUGCCUCUAGAGUCCAAUGUGCAGGCUCAGUUCCACUGAACAACACAGACUCUGUGUACAGCAGUGUUUCAACAGUUGAUUCUGGAAUUUUUAGUAAUGAUUUAUCUCCGUCUUUACAAACUGGAGAAAGUUCUGAUGUUUAUCUAAACAUUGAUAAGGAGGAUAGACAAACAAAUUCAGGUUCUGUUGAACAAAACAGUGACACAUUUCCUUCAUCAGAAUCUUCUGCUAGCCCUCUCGACAAUCCAACUUUACUAGAAGCCUCUGAUGGACAUGGUAAAGCUACUUCUGCUUUGAGUAACAUGAUCACUGAAGAUGACUUAGACAGUCAGGCAGUGUCUGACUAUUCCAAUGUUAAUUGUGCUGGUGACAUGUCCUCACAAAGUGAUACUGCGAGCAGCAGUCACGCCCAGGUUGAUUUUACUAACUGUGAUACUGCUGACAGUAUGACUAAUGUGAAAAAUGCUGAACAUUUGAUAGAAAAUGUCAACCUGUCAGGUAAGGAAGAAUUUAAAAUCAUCGUUGCCCAGUCAGGGGAACAACUAGAUCAUUCCAUCCAACAGAAAGUCCAAUCAGUUCAUUCCACUUUGUCUACUACAUCAGAUGCAACAGGAGACUCCGAUUCUGAUGGUCCCACAGACUUUGUAUCUUCUAGUAUGAGCUUUAGGUCAGCAGACAAUGAGGGUGUCUUGGAAUUUCAGACAACUCGAGGGGAUAUUGUAGAACAGAAAGCUGCUCCAUGUUCUGCCGAAGUUGGAGACGACUUUACAGAAAAAUUGCAAACAUUAAACGCCGAUUGUGUUAACACUGAUUUUAAUAUUGAGUGCAAUACUAAGAGAUCUGAACAGUCUAAUAUUGUUGGAUCUGCUGAAUCAGAAUGUCUUAGUUUGGCUGUAGAUCAUGAAAAACCUGGAAAUUUAAGCUGUGAUAUAAAAUGUGAUGUUGGUGCAAAUUCUGAACUAGUUAACGAGGAUGCUUCCUCCUGUGGCCUAGAUUCUCCAGCUGAAGUUGGAUCUGAUAAAACAUUAGUUAAGUGUCAUGAGCUUCAGUCGGAGGUGGGUGGUGAGGGUACUGCUGAAGUUGAAGAUACAGAAUUUGGAGAGUUUGGAGACUUCAGCACCUUUGGCUGUCAGAAAGUUGAGGACUCCAGCGAAGUGGUUCCAAUAACGUUUAGAACAAGUAUCUGUGAAACUGAAGAAGGUGAUGAUGAUGAUGAUUUCACUUUUAAUAGAGAGAAGCCGCCAGUGUGUGUUGAUGACGAUGAUGACUUUGGUGAAUUUGGAGCUGCAGGUGUCAAGAGUUCAGAUGAAAGGACUAGUAAUGAGAUCGGUGAAUGUGACCAAACAGCUCAGGGCGGGCGUUCAAAAUCAGAUGCAGACACAGAUAUUAGAGGAAAUGAUGAUGAUUUUGGGGACUUUGAUCACUCUGAGCCAGUUGAUGAGGGUGCUAGUUGGGCAGAUUUUGGAUCUGCAACCACUCACCCUGCGAGCAGUGACAACUUUGGUUCCUCAACCACUAAACCAGUUGUAUCGUCGACAUCUAACCAGAGUCAAGUGCAGAAGUUGCAGAGUGCUGUAAUCAGCUGCUUCCUUGGGGGGUCAGAGGCAGACUCCUUUGUCCAGCGGACAGAUACAAGUCAGGAAAGUCAGUCUGGAGAUGACAGUCAGGGAAGCAAUUCUGUGUCAGAAGAUGAGAGCCCACUUCCUCUGGACAUGGUGGUAGAUUUGGGUUUGUCCAAAGCUUUGGAAGCCAAGCAGCAGACCUGGACAUUAGUGCAGCACCCUUCUAAGAAGGACCCCAAAGUUCGGCUGUGGGCUCACCUCAAGGACAUGGACUCCUCGCAUGCUCUGAUGUACGGCUGGCACAACUCACACUGUAGCAAGGAGGUGUACAGCUCACUUCAUAUAGACACCCAGAACAUUUUGUUUUCACACAAGAAACAGGCCAUUCCUUUCUUUGCUUCUGGUUUGGGAAUACUAGAACCAAUCCGAGGAGGAGGAGGAGGAGGUGUUGGAGUGGUGGAGAGGAAGAAAGAAAAGAGCUCUGCCCCGACAACACCAAAUAUUCUCUUGGACAGUGGCCGACAGGAAUACCGCCACACCCCCACGGUGCAGGAUAUUCCACCAGUGGAUUUUGACUGGAGUUCCAGCGGUUUAACCAACCCCCUGACAGUGUUUAAAGCAGAAGACCGGGAGACAGUACCUCCAUCCUCGCAACCGCUGGAAGACAUCCUCAAGAGAACAACACCAACGGCUAAGCUUGCCACCAAUGAGGUCUUGAGUGCUGAGGCCAUUCGUGUGUUGGAGAGGAUGCCCAACUUGAGCUUCAUGCAGUCCCGGGUUCUCAUGUUCCCAGUGAAACAGUAA